AUGAGCCAACAGAAUGGACAAGGUAAGGCAUGGCAGCCUGAUUAUUUCGCUAUCCAGUCAGCUUGGUUGAAGAAUCCGACAUCUUCGGCCGAUUCUCACCUCCGAUACGAACCAAUCUACAAAAGUCCAAACCAGAAUGCUCCGGCGGAGGAUACAGCGGAUCAUGGCCGAGCAAAAGUUGACGCUCAAGGAGACCAACAUCCGAGCUAUGAAGGAGGGAAUGAAGACGAUAGGGAGAGGACCCCAGAAGGUGAUCCGGAGCCCGAAGAUACCAUUUUUAUGGGAGGAGCUGGCGAUGUGAAUUCUGACGAGGAGCAUGGAGAUGCCGAGCGACCAGAUAUCAUGAUUCGUCCUACAGCCUUGAUGAACUUCGAGAGGAAUAUUCUGCAAUCCAAGAAGCCUUCGUUCAGAAGGAAAGUUCCCACUUUGACGCGCCAAAGCAUGCUCGGGAUGCGAGAUCUUGACGACGAAGUCGAAGAUGACGACGACGAUGACGGGAGUGAAGAUGAUAACGAUGAACGGAUAUCAGCCAUGGGCGAAGGAGAGGAUGGUCAACCGCCUCGAAAGAAAAGACGAUGGUUAGGCCCUAGAGGUCCUGGAACAGGUACCAAAAGAGGUCCACGAAAGGCCGCCCCAAUGGCCCCCGAUGUUGCCAAGAGAAUGGGGGAGGCCAACAACCAUUGGAUGGCAGGGGAUUUCGAACGUGCCGUUGAAGUUGCUUUGGACGUCAUUCGUAUCAAUGCCGAGACCUACCAAGCAUGGAUCUUGCUGGCCACUAUCUGGGAUGAUGAGGGGAAAUUAGCCAAAGCUGCCAAUGCACUGUUCUAUGCCGCGCAUCUUCGACCAAAACACUUGGAAGCGUGGAUGACAGCGGCGAAUUAUUGCCUAGAGCGCACAGGAAAUGCUAAGGAAUCGUUCUAUCCCACUGCAAGCCAAUGUCUAUCUUUUGCUCUCAGGCAGAUCCCCAACUCUUAUGAACCUCGCAUCAAGAAAGCCAGACUCAAUUUCAUCCGGGGCAAGUACCAGGUGGCAGUAUCAGAUUUCAACAAAGCGCUCAAGCUUCGGCCUCAUGACAGAGAGGUUCUCAGAGAGCUCGCGAAUGCUUGCUUUGAAUACGGCUUAGCUACUGAUGGCAUUGGCCAGUACCAAAAGACGAUUUCUCACCUACGGUCAGUUCCUGAUGAGACCGGUGCUCAGUUCUCAUGGGAAGACACGGUACUAUACGUCUCACUCCUCGAGUACGAUGAUCGGUGGGAGGAGGCGAUCAAGGAGAUCAGAUCAAUUUCUCGUUGGCUUUUGGGUCGGGAAGACGAGGUUUUCUGGGACGAUGUCACUGACAACGAUUGCGAAUGGGAUGUUGAUGACUCCAGGAGGAAGGAGAUCUUAGAAUUCAAUCCUCUCAGCUAUCCUUUGUCAACUUAUGGUGCCAGUCUGAUUCUCGAACUUCGAGUUAGGCUUGGGAUCAAUCGAUUGAACCUUGGUCACUUUGAGGAGGCAAUGUUGCACUUUUCUUAUCUGGAUCCACACGACGAACGUGGACAGCAACGGGUUGUUGAAUAUCCGCAGCUUUUCCGUGAAGUGGCAGAUUCCUUGUUUGAAGCUACUUAUUAUGAGGAAGCCUUGGUUUUCUACAAGCCUCUAAGACAAGUUCCUGAGAUAGUCGACACAAAAAUGCUGAAUAGCAUGGGCAAAUGCGCACAUGAGUUAGGAUCGCUUAGCGAAGCCGAGGAGUACCAUCUAGCUGCAGCACUUGAUGCGGAUGACGUGGAGUCUCGAUCGGCACUGGCAAGAAUCUACGAUGCUCUAGGAGAUAAGCAAAGUGCAUUUAAUAUGAUCAACGAAAUCGUAUUGCUCAACAGGAACACCGCACUUCUCCCCGAAGGAUUUCGGCGCCAAAAUCCAAAGCUUCCAACCAGUGAAACCAUUCGGGCCUUAGAAGAGUCGGGAGCAGAGUCUUUCCUGCAGCCUGCAGUGGUAAGAAAAACUAAAGGGCGAAAAAAGCCAGAGGAUUCCAGUGUCAAGGAUAGAUGGGGUUAUGGCUAUGCAAUACUAAAAGCACAGCGCCUGCAAGAGGAGUUCAAGACCGCGGAGAAGAACAGAGAUCUCAUGAGAGCGGGUGAUCCAGGAGCCACAGCCAAAUGGAUGGAGGCGACAGAAGAGCUUAUAAAUGACUUCAAGCGGUUCAAGGCUUUCUAUCCGUGGGAAAAAUAUGUUAGAUUUACAGGGUACAGCAAAGCAAAUUUUGUGGAGGGCUAUGCAUCAUUAACUGAGGACUUGAGUGCCAUGGCAGAGCGAUUGUCCAACGAUAAAGACGUUACUGCGGGCCUUGAAGGCAGCAUUGAAUCUCAGUUCGAAGUUUCCGACAAAUAUCGAGGCAUCCCAUUUGCCACAUGGUUAGACUUCUUCAUGGAAUUCGCAAUGUUCCAUGCACGGAAGGGCGAUUUGAAGAAAGCGUAUGCGACGUGUCAAGCAGCCGCCGACUCGAUCGUAUGGUCGCAUUCACAGGAUGACACCUUCGUCAUACAUCUCUGCAUGUGCAUGUGUAGCAUUUUUGCAAAUGACGAACGCACCGCUUUAGACGCCUCCAAACACUUCACGAAGAAAUUUCAGUUCACGACCGACUCUUAUCGUUUGACUUCUGCGCUUGCAAGAGUGGUUCACUCGCCCCUCUCGUGGUACUGCGGCGGCCCAAUGCAAAAAUACAUCCUUCGACAGAUCAAACUGAUGGAUUAUUCCUUGGUUGACGAAGAAGGCAAGAAGAAGAUCACAGAGAAAGGGUCCUAUUUUGCCGUGGAUGAACAUGGCCGCCCCAUUGUCAAUACAGACAUGGAUAUCAAUCUGCUGAUGAUGUACGGCUAUAUUCUGUACUCCAGUAAUAGUUACUCGCUGGCUCUCAAUUACUUUUUCCGGUGCUAUGCACUUGAUCCCCAAAAUGCAGUCAUCAACCUCAUGAUAGGUCUCGCUUAUAUCUCCGACUGCCUGAAGCGGCAAACCGAAAACAGACAGUACAGCGUUCUCCAAGGCACAACAUUCAUGCUUGCCUACUAUGAAACCCGCAAAAAUUCCAAGCACCUUGAAGAGCGACAAGAAGCUCAUUAUAAUAUGGCCAGAGCCUAUCACAUGCUUGGCCUCCCACACUUAGCUCUUCCAUACUACCAGAAAGUACUGGAUGAAGUUUCCCACGGAACGCCACGGUCCAUGCGUGAGGACAUUGUUGUUGAUACUGCUUAUAACCUGCAGCUUAUGUAUACAACAGCGGGUAAUCUUGAGUUGGCGAGGCAGAUCACGAAGCGUUGGUUGGUGAUAUGA